AACAAGAAUUAUAGUAUUUUCCUCAAUGGUUCCAAUCGGUUAGGUAUUUGGAUUAGAGCACAUAUUAUGAAUAAUAUCUCACAGAAUUGUAUCGUGUUCGAAAUAUUAUGAUAUACUAUAUUUGUCGACAAAAAGGACGUGCUUUUAUAGGUGCUACCAUGGCAACCUGAGUAUAUACAUAGCCAGAGUGUCAGAAACACAUGGUUCGACACAAAAUAAUGCAUUCAGAAUUCAGUUUGUCGCCAACUAGUAACUAAUAACUUCGAAUUGCAUUGCUAGCAAUAAAUUGUGUUCUUGGUGAAAUACAAUGACGUCUACUUCUCAGAGAAAUGGUCAAACUAUACUCGAAUUGGCUAUGUCUUCAAAGAAUGUUACAUCCGACAUGGUACCGGUAGAGAGAACUUUGCUAGUAAUCGGGAGUAAAAAUUCGGGUAAAACUUCAUUAAUUCAUUCAUUUUUUGACAAAAAUGAAAAGCCAAAACCCACACUGGCCUUGGAAUAUUCAUUCGCAAGAAGAUCUGGAAAAAGUUUAACAAAAGAUAUUUGUCAUGUUUGGGAAUUGGGAGGUGGUUUAGUUUUCAAAGAUUUGUUAUCCGUGAUAGUACAAAAAACGAGAGGUCGACGUUUGAGCGUCGUGUUGGUAUUGGAUCUAUCGAAGCCGGAUAUUCUUUGGAACACCAUGGAAAUGCUUCUAGAAGAAAUUAAGAUACACCUAGAAAAUGUACCAGAGAUUGAACAGUAUAAUCAGAUUAAUGUUAAAAAUGUUGAGGAUAAAAAGUUUUUGUCUCCACUGCCUAUACCACUAAUGAUUGUUGGAAGCAAAUACGACGUAUAUCAAAAUUUCGAACCUGCUAAAAAACGGGUGUUGUGCCAGUGUUUAAGAUAUGUGGCACACACUUACGGAGCUUCGUUGAUUUUCUAUGGUGUAAACGACGCAGUUCUUGUGAAGAUAUCCAAAGAGAUGAUGUCACAUUACGGGUUUGGAACACCUUAUCCAAAGAACCAUAUAUAUGAUUCAAAUAAACCACUCUUAGUGCCCGUAGGUUCCGAUUGUUUUGACAAAAUAGACAACCUCAAUGAAGCUGGAAGUAUUAGGUCAAUACAUAAGUACAAGAGUGUAUUUGCUUCUAAUUUUAAACAGAUUUCAUUAGAAUCUGGCUCACACGCAUCAAGUACAGAUAAUACAGAUCCAUUGAACGACCCUAAUUACGCCGACCCGUUGAUAGACGAAUCGUUGAAAAAAAAACAAGAGGUUUGUGAUAAAAAUAUUUCCACGACACAAAGUACCUAUAAUAUUAUUCAGAGUUGGGCCAAUUUUUAUCUAAAUAGUUCUUCAGUUAUUCGAACAACAUAUUGUAUAUGAUGUACUUGAAUAAAAAAUUCUUUGAUUGAUUUUUUUACAAUUAAUUGAAUAAAAUAUUUCUAAAAAGAUUAUUUGAACUCGAUGGUUUUUUUUUAAAAAAUUGUUCGAAUAAAUAAUUAAAAAUAAU